AUGGAAGGUCCUCCUCAGAAGCUGGCAUUCAACUUCUGGAGUCCUGUAAAUUUUCGCAGAAGUCUAUCACCAAAUGGGAAGAAAUUGCUGACACUAUGGACCCUGCUAUGUGGUGGUGUUGUUGUUCUUGUUUGGGCAUUUUUCACUUUACCUAGAAAAUUUGGAAACGCAAGAGUCAUCAGAAAUAAGACAUGCGAUGAUGAAGUAAAGAUAUGCUCGAGUACCUGGCUUAAAAUUAAUCAGAACUGCUUCUUUCUUUUCCAACAUAAAAAUGCAUGGCUCUCUGCACAGGAGAACUGUCAACACUAUGAAGCAAACCUGGCGAAGUUCACCACCAAGAUGGAAUUGGAAACUUUGAUGCGCCAUGUGCAGUCACUACGAUCUUCAUUUUGGAUUGGACUGAACAGACGAAAUUUACGCAGAUUCUGGGUUUGGACAGAUGAAAGUAUAUACAAUAACGUGAAGGAAGUCCAAGAUCAUGGGGAUUGUGCCUUCAUGCAUAAAAGUGGUAUAGACAGUACCAAUUGUGAUGAGCUAAGAGACUAUAUUUGUAGCAAACUAGGCCAGUGCCCUUGA